AUGCCACAGAGGGGAACGGAAGACGCCCUCUACGAUCUCGUCAAGCAUAUCAAGCAGGAAAUGGACUCUAAGAAGAUAGUACUUCUGGUAUCGCUUGACAUAGAGGGCGCUUUCGAUAAUGCAUGGUGGCCGGCUCUCAAAAAACAGCUGGUGGACAAGCAUUGCCCGAGAAACCUAUUUACUAUGGUCGCCUCAUACCUCCAGGAUCGAAAGGUCAUUGUUAACUACGCCAGAGCGACCAGUGAGAAGGAGACCACGAAGGGUUGCGUCCAAGGCUCCAUUGGCGGGCCAACCUUUUGGAACCUCAUACUGGAUUCGCUGCUGAGAAAGAUCAGCGAUAUGGGAGUGUAUUGCCAGGCCUUUGCGGACGACGUGGUCCUCGUCUUCUCCAGCCAAAAAUCCGGCAACCUACAGACCUCAGCCGAAACCACCUUAGCUGCCGUACAAGAGUGGGGUAUACAUAACAAACUGAGCUUCGCCGCGCAUAAGACCAACGCGAUGGUGCUCACUAAAAAGCUGAAAUACGAUACCCCCAUAAUCCAUAUGUCCGCUUGCGCGCGCGGCGAGAGUAACUUGGGGUCUGAAUGGAGAGAUCGUACGGACCAUAUAUGUGGCGGUAAUAGAGCCCAUCGUUCUGUACGCAGCGAGCGUAUGGUCCUCUGCAGCAGAGAAGUUAACGAUACGAAAGCAACUAAACUCCCUGCAGAGAGGAUUUGCACUGAAAAUGUGCAGGGCGUACAGAACGAUAGCUUGAUAAGAGAUAGACUAGUGUGUGGAAUUUCUGACAAAACAGUAAAGGAUAGAUUGUUACGUACAAAAGAUUUGACCUUAGCUAAAGCCAUUGAUAUAUGUCGUACAUCGCAAGAAACACAAAGGCAACUUGAGAAAAUUUGUUCUUCGACUAGUACUUCGAACAAUAUAGAUAAUUUAAACGAUGUAGACUAUAACAUACAAAAGAUUAAUAAAAAACCAAACACUGCAGAUAAUGCCGGAACGAAUACGAAGAAAGACAGAUAUACAAAUUAUACACGUGAGUGUCAAAGAUGUGGCUAUAUUCAUCCAGUGAAGAGAUGUUUAGCCUUUGGCAAGCGUUGUGUUCGUUGCAAUGGCUACAAUCAUUUUGCAAAUAAAUGCAAAAAUCGUUUUGUUCAUAAUGUGGAAGAUAAUAAUGAUGAGAGAAGAUGUGAAAAUAUGGAGGAGAAUAUUAAGACUAUAUUUUUUGGAUCAGUUUUCAUAAAUUCUCUAAAGGAAGACACGAAGGAUUGGACAAUUGUCGUUGGAUCUAAUAAUGUGUCUCUUGAUUUAAAAGUUGAUACUGGUGCUCAGGCAAAUUUAUUAUCUGGAAGAAACUUGUCAAGUUUAGGAUUAGACAAAAAUAAUCUUUUAGAGUGUAAGGCCAGGCUGACAACAUAUACAGGUCAAGUAAUUAACUGUCUUGGAAAGUGUUCUUUGCCUAUUAAGUAUGAUGGCAAAAACUACGUAUUAGAUUUCUAUGUAGUAGACUCAGAUAAAGCAAGCAACAUAUUAGGACUACAUUCAGCGAUUAAAAUGAAUUUAGUUAAUCCUUUAAAAAAUCAAAAUUUAAAAAUCAAUGAAAUUAAUACAUUAUCAGAGUAUAGGGAUUUAUUUGAAGGCUUAGGAUGUAUGAAAGAGGAAUAUGAUAUUAAACUAAAACAAAAUGCCACUCCAGUUGUUCACGCGAGCAGACGAGUUCCAAUAGCAAUUCAACCAAUUUUAAAGAGAAAACUUGAUGAACUGGAGAAAAUAGGAGUGAUAUCUAAAGUAUCACAUCCUACAGAGUGGGUCAAUUCUUUAGUUAUUGUUCAUAAGCCUAACGGAGAUUUGAGGUUGUGCUUAGACCCUAAGGACUUAAAUGAGGUUAUCAAAAGGCAACACUUAGAACUACCUACUCUUGAGGAGAUCACUAGUAAACUUUCAGGUGCUAAGUAUUUUAGCACUCUAGAUGUAAAAAAUGAAUUUUGGAAUAUAAAGUUAUCUGCAGCAAGCUCUGAUUUAUGUUGUUUUAAUACUCCGUUUGGAAGAUACAAAUUUCUAAGAAUGCCUUUUGGAAUUUGUAGUGCGUCUGAAGUUUAUCAACACCGAAUGCGUCAAAUACUAGAUGACUUAGAUGGGGUUGAUGUAUAUAUUGACGAUAUUUUGAUUUGGGGUAAAACGAAACAAGAACAUGAUAAACGUCUUAAAAAAGUAUUCGAUAGAUUGAGACAGGAGAAUGUAAAACUAAAUAAGGAUAAAUGUAAGAUUGACGUGCAGCAGUUAAAAUAUUUAGGACAUAUUAUAAGCAAGGAUGAACAACAUGAAAGAGUAUUUAAUGAGUUAAAAAAGAUACUAACUGAGAAACCCGUAUUACAAUUUUUUGAUGAAAAGUUACCGGUAGUUCUUUCCGUUGAUAGUUCUAAGGAUGGAUUAGGCGCUGUAUUAUUACAAAAUGGAUUACCAGUGGCUUAUGCAUCAAAAGCUUUAAGCGAAUGUCAGCAGCGCUACGCGCAGAUUGAAAAAGAGUUGUUGGCAAUUUUGUUUGGCUGUGAAAGAUUUCAUCAGUUCAUAUUUGGUAGACAUAUAACUAUUGAAACCGAUCACAAUCCAUUAAUAGGCAUAAUAAAAAAACCAUUGAAUUCCACUUCGCCACGUAUACAACGCAUGCUAAUCAAGUUGCAAAAAUAUGAAUUUAAUUUAGUCUAUAAGCGUGGCAAGGAAUUGUAUAUAGCAGACACUUUAUCUAGGUCAUUCGAUACGGAUGACAGUCUGCAAAUUGACCUAGAAGAGAGUAAUAUUGAGGCUAAUAUUAAUCUAGUGAUAGAAACAAUAAACAUAAGUAAAAAGCAAUUAAAUAAUGUUCAAAACUUUACGAGAAAUAAUGAAGAAAUGAAGUUAUUAAAGGAAUUUAUCCUUAAAGGUUGGCCAAGCCAUAAAAUCUCUGUACCGGAGAAAAUAAGAUCAUAUUGGCAUGUAAGAGACAGCUUGACAUAUAAGUCAAACUUGAUAUUCAAAGGCAAUUCUUUGGUAGUGCCGCCUGAAUUAAGAAAGGAGAUGUUACAUCGGGCGCAUUUUCCACAUUUAGGCAUAACAAAAACGUUGUUGCGAGCAAAUGAGGCUAUGUAUUGGCCCAGAAUGGUACACGAAAUCACAGAAUUAGUAUCGCGGUGUGAAACAUGUAAGCUUUUUAGUAACAAUAAUAAAAAAGAGACUUUAAUUCCACAUGCGGUACCACAGUUACCAUGGGAAAAAGUGGAGAUAGCUGCGUUAAAAGAAAUAAAAAGUGAAGAUAUCAUUGAUAAGUUAAAACAAAUAUUUAGUAGACACGGCAUUCCACGAAAAAUAUUUAGUGACGGAGGGCCGCAGUUUUCCGGCAUGAGUUUUAAAGCGUUUGCUAAUCAAUACAACUUUGAGCAUAUUAUGUCUAGUCCAGAAUAUCCACAAUCAAAUGGCAUGGUGGAAAGAGAAAUACAGACCAUUAAAAAUUUGUUUAAAAAGGCUAUACAUGAGAAAAAAGACCCAUACCUAAUAUUAUUAGAAUUCCGUAAUACACCAAUUUCUAAUACAAUUGCAUCUCCUGCAGAAAACUUAUUUAAUAGGAAAAUAAGGGGUAUUGUUCCCAUUAAUCAGAAAUGUUUUUACCCAAAAGUCAACCGAAAUUUAAGAGAGAAAUUAAUAGAAAAGCAAAAUAAAGACAAAUAUUUUUAUAUUAGGAAUAAAAACGAUCUAAGACCAAUAGAAACGGGAGAAGGCGUGUUAUUUAGGAUAGGGAGAUUUUGGAAGAAAGGUAUUAUUAAAGGAAAGACAAAUGAUAGGACGUACAAGAUAGCAAAUGAAAAUGGGAGGAUAUUUGUUAGAAACAGGUUUCACAUAAAGCCUCUAAAUAUGAUUCCUUUUUACAUUCCCGAUUUCGAUAAUCAAGAAAGUGACGCAAUCCAACCAUCACAACAACAACCAUCAUCACCAUCAACAUCCUACUAUACAACAUCAUAUGGUCGGGUAGUUAGACCUCCGGUCAGGUAUGGUCAGGAAUAA